GGUUUGGCUUGGCUUGGUUCGCGUUCGCCUGCCAGUCGGUUGCCGGCCGUUUCGUGGUUGUGUGGUCUGGCUCGAACGCUGGGAAGGCCGCGGAAUCGUGUGCGAAAGGGAAUUAGCGAGCGCCCAAAGCGCUGAUAAAUAACAAUUAAAUAGCAGAUAGCUGGUUCGAUAUUGUAAAAAAAACGAUUUGCGAUUUGCAUGCGUUAACGUCGAUCGGAUCGUUCGUCAUCGUUUCAAGGUUUUCCAAUCGGCUGGAUUGCUGUAUUCGUGUGGGUGACGAUAUUUUUGGGAUUUUCCGGAGCGAGAUUUUGAAGUGAAUACGCAGAACUCGAUUAGAUGAAUAUUAAUUAAAUCGCACUAACGAUUUCUAAAUGUAUAAAAGACAGCUCCAGAACGGGCCAGUGAGUGCUUGGUGAUGGUACAAUGAAAUGCAUUUGAAUGAAUUAUUCGUGUAGUGCAAUCGAUAGAUGAAAAAAUAUGGAUAUAGGAAAGGAAAUCAACAAUCCCAAUCCUAGGGAUCGAGCGAACGCGUUCAGUGUUUUAUUUUUUACGUACACCAUAGAAUUGUUCAAAAAAGGCUACCACAAAACCUUAGACGUGGACGACUUGUACAACCCAAUCCAAAGCGACAGGAGCCAAACCCUCGGAGAUAGAUUAGAGAAAAAUUGGAAUAGCCACUUAACGAAAUGCGGCAAAACGAAAAAGAAGCCGAGCCUCCUGCGAACGCUGAUCGCCACGUUUUGGCCGGAAUACCUCCAGCUCGGCGUCAUUUUGACGGUGAAUAAUUUGUUCCUGCAACUCAUACAGCCCAUCAUGCUGGGCCGUUUGUUGACCUAUUUCAAGCCGUUCACGACGACCACGAAGAGCGAGGCGCUCUGGUACGCGGGCGGCAUCGUCGCUCUCAACGGAUUCACCGCGCUCCUGAUCAACCAGUACAUCAUGAACGCUUUCCACUACGGAAUGAGGGUUAGGGCGGCCGUUUGCGCGCUUAUCUACCGAAAGGCGAUUAAACUGAGCAAGACCGCAUUAGGAGAAACUGCCUCCGGAAAAAUAGUCAAUCUAUUAUCGAACGAUGUCAGUCGAUUCGAUAUAGUUUCGAUAUUUAUUCACCACAUGUGGGUGGCUCCGGCUAGCGCUUUAUUCAUCAUGUACUUCCUCUACAAGGAGGCCAGUUACGCGGGAGUUCUGGGAAUACUCACGGUUUUCCUGGUAGUUCCGUUGCAAUCUUACACCGGCAAGUUAUCGGCCAUCUACAGGAAACAAACGGCUAUGAAAACCGACGAAAGAGUGAGGCUCACCGACGAAGUAAUCUCCGGAGUGCAAGUCAUCAAAAUGUACGCCUGGGAAAAACCGUUUCAAAAAAUAAUCAACCUGGCGAGGAAAGCGGAAUUGAAAAUCAUAACCAAAUCGUCGUACGUCAGGGGCUUGUUCAUGACAUUCAAUCUCUUCACCACCAGAAUCGCCCUUUUCGCCACUCUCCUGACGAUGGUGCUGACCGAUCAAGAAAUUACAGCGACAAAAGUGUUUGUGUUCAUGUCCUACUUCAACGUCCUCUCCCAAUCGAUGUCGGCGAUGUUCGUGCGCGGCUUCUCCGAAAUAGCCGAGCUCCUGGUGGCCAUUCGCCGCGUUCAGGGCUUCCUGGUGAGCGACGAGUACCGAGCCGUGGUGAAAACCCAAAACAACAACGACAAGAUCUUCUUCGACAAGAUGCUGAUCAGCCUGAAGAACCUCACGGUGAAGUGGAGCCCCGACUCGAAGGAGGACGCCCUGCGCCAGGUCAACUUCGACGCCAGCAAAGGGAAGCUGGUCGGCGUCAUCGGGCCGGUGGGCGCCGGCAAGAGCUCCCUGCUGCAGACCAUCCUGGGCGAGCUCGAGGUGAAGGCGGGCUGCAUCGAGGUCGGCGGCUCCAUCUCGUACGCCUCACAGGAGCCGUGGGUGUUCGCCGCCACGAUGCGCCAGAACAUCACCUUCGGCGCCUCCUUCGACAAGAAGCGGUACAACGAGGUGGUGAAGGCGUGCGCGCUGGAGAAGGAUUUCAAGCAGUUCGCCCAGGGCGAUUUGACCAUUGUGGGCGAACGAGGGGCUUCGCUGAGCGGCGGACAGAAGGCCAGGAUUAAUCUUGCUAGAGCGCUCUAUCGGGAUGCUGAUAUUUACUUGCUCGAUGAUCCUCUAUCUGCUGUGGAUAUACACGUUUCCAAGCAUUUGUACGAUGAGUGCAUUAAUGGGUUUUUGGCGAAGAAAACUAGGAUUCUCGUCACGCAUCAAGUGCAUCUUUUGAAAGAUGCUGAUCAUAUUGUUAUAUUAAAUAAUGGUGCUAUAGAACGCGAAGGUUCCUUUACAGAACUCUCAUCGAGCGAUAACAUAUACGCCAAAUUGCUAACAACAGAACCAGAAAUGGCCGAAGAAGAAAAGCAAAAACUGCUGGAAGUUACAAAAAUCAGCCGAAAACGAUCAGUCGCUAGCAGGCAAUCGUCGUUGGCCAGCGCCGUCAGCGAACUCAGCAUUCCGGAGGAGCUCCUCAAGGAAUCCAACCUCUCCGACGACGACGACGAGAACCACCAAGUGAAACUCAUCGAUCUGCAGGAGGAAUCCUCCAAGGGCAAGGUGCAGGGCUCGCUCCUUUGGCAGUACCUCAACCAAGGCGGCAACGCCUGCUUCGUCGUCUUCGUCCUCGUUCUCUACCUUCUCGCCCAAGUCACGGCCAGCGCUCUCGACUACUUCGUCAGCUGCUGGGUCAACAUCGAGGAAUCCAGAAAGUACUCGCUCGCCCACAACGACACCAACGAGUCGGUCAGUUUCACGUCCACGGUCGAUUGGUCCACGGAUACUUGCUUGUACAUUUAUUCAGGCGGUUUGGUGUGCCUGUGGUGCGUGGCGUUCAGCAGAUCGAUGCUGUUUUACAAGCUGGCGAUGAGGAGUUCGCAGAAAUUGCACGACAUCAUGUUCAAGAGCGUUCUGGCGGCGCCGAUGAGGUUCUUCGAUACGAAUCCGAGCGGUAGGAUCCUGAACCGGUUUUCCAAAGACAUUGGGUCGGUGGACGAGUGGUUGCCGAAGGCCAUUUUGGAUUCCGGACAGAUUCUGUUAAUUAUGGUGGGCUCGAUAGUCCUGGUAGCAAUUGUCAAUUAUUAUUUCAUAGUUUUGAUAGUCAUUGUAGGCGUUCUAUUCUUAAUUUUAAGACAUGUUUAUCUGAAAUCCUCCAAGAAUAUCAAAAGAUUGGAAGGAAUGAUGAGGAGUCCAGUGUUCACCCAUCUCAAUGCGACCCUUCAAGGUUUGACUACCAUCAGAUCGUUCGGCGCUCAGAAAAUCCUGAUGGCGGAAUUCGACAAGCACCAGGAUUCCCACACCAGCGCCUGGUUCAUGUACAUCUCCGCCAGCUCCGCCUUCGGAUUCUACCUGGACGUUUUCUGCUUCAUCUUCGUCAGCCUGAUAACCUUCAGUUUCCUCAUGUUAGGAGGACAAAUGGGCAUGAGCGGAGGAGAAGUCGGCCUGGCCAUCACCCAAGCCAUUUCUCUCACCGGCAUCGUGCAGUGGGGAAUCAGACAGUCGGCGGAAGUGACGAAUCAACUAAUGAGCGCCGAGAGGGUGCUCGAGUACCGGAAUUUACCGGCCGAAAAUCAACCCGAAGUGCCCACCAAACCGUCCAAAAACUGGCCGGACAAGGGCCAAAUCGUGUUCGAUAACAUGGGGCUGAAGUACGUCGAAAACGGCCCGUUGACUUUAAAAAAUUUGAACUUAACUAUCAAACCAAACGACAAAGUCGGCAUCGUGGGGAGAACCGGAGCGGGAAAAUCCUCCCUAAUAUCGGCCCUGUUCCGAUUAGCCAACGUGGAAGGUGCCAUCAGAAUCGACGACGUCGACACCAAGAACCUCGCCCUGGAGGACCUGCGCUCGAAAAUAUCCAUCAUUCCGCAGGAUCCGGUCCUCUUCUCGGGCUCGCUGCGCUACAAUUUGGACCCAUUCGACGAGUACAACGAUCAGGUGUUGUACAAAGCGCUCGAAGAGGUCGAGCUGAAGGACCCUUCGAACAUCAUCAACCGAUUGGAGAACAGGGUCAUGGACAGAGGCAGCAACUACAGCGUGGGUCAGAGGCAGCUCAUCUGCCUGGCCAGAGCUAUCAUAAGGAACAAUAAAAUCCUGAUGUUGGACGAAGCUACAGCUAACGUCGAUCCUCAGACUGAUGCUUUGAUCCAGAAGACGAUCAGGAAGAAAUUCGCUGAUUGUACGGUGUUGACGGUGGCUCACAGGCUGAACACCAUCAUGGAUUCUGAUAAGGUGAUGGUGAUGGACUCGGGUACUGUGGUGGAGUACGAUCACCCGCACGUUCUCCUGCAGAACCCCAACGGGGUGUUUUGUAAAAUGGUUGCAGAGGCUGGUAGGAGCCUGAGCGAGCAGUUGAGGAAAAUUGCCAAGGAGAGUUAUCAAAGACAUCCGCCGCUUCCCGAAUGAUUUUUUUUUUGUAUCGGUUUCUAGACGAAUUUAUGCGAGAUUUUUAGAGGUCGUAGAGGUUUUUUAAUUCGACUGAGGAAUCAUCGUUUGGUGAGAUUAGUAUUUGUUGACUGAUUGUGUAGCUAUUUGAUAGACUUUGAUAUUUGGCUGCUCCAAGGGGUAAACGUAAGAAAUUAUCUAUAGAUGACUUGGAAAAAUUCGAGUAAAACGUAAAAUAUUUUUUUAGUGUAGUAUAUUUUAUCAGAAUGUUUUAAAUAUUUACAAAGUGAUCAAUUGAAACUGUUUUAUAUUAUCAUAUGGAUUGUCUUCCAGGAUUUCACGAUGGUACUUAAUUCAUUUUUGUACUUUAAGAGAUUAAAAAAGUGUAAUGGAUGUUUGAAAUCAAAUGCCAAAUAUUUUUAUAGUAAAUAUGUUUUCGAAUUUUUUGGGAAGUUGUGAAAUUAAACUAACAUGUCAAUAAGGUAUUUUUUUAUAAAUUUUACCUACUUGUAAAUAGACUUAUAUUUUUUACGAUUUGUAGUGUGAAUGUAUAAAUAUUCUAUGUUACAUAAAAUUGAAUUAAUA